AUGGCGUCGCUCCUCGCAAUGUUUUGCUGGCUUGGCCUGUUCGGUGGCCUUCACGGGCUCGCAAACGACUUCGGAGCCGGGUGUGCCGAUGGCCCUGCAAUGACAUUGUUGCAGCUUGAACAUGUGGUGAAGAGUGUGACAGGGCGCGAUGAGGAAUGCGGGCACCUGCACCCGGAUGUUUGCGACCCGCAAGCUAAUUGGUACUGCAGCAACAAUUGCCGCUUUCACACGCACCGAGAAGACUGUUAUCGACCCAUUCCCGAUGUGAUGGCAGAGCAUCCAGACGUUGAUGGGUUCUGCUACUUCAAUGCGUCUGGAUAUUGGAUUGUCUACCGAGGUCCUCAACAGGACUUUGGGAAAAUUGUGGUCGACAGCAUCCUGGCCUUGAGAAGCUCGUCCUACACAGGCCUCAGCGCUGGCCGUUUGAUCACGUACCGCUUCGAAGGUCUAUCUCUCACGACGCACCUGGACGAUGUGAACUACCUCUAUGACGACCUCUACGGAUACGCGCUUGGUUUCUUGCAGGGGCAGGGCUUGGAACCGAAUUGGAUACAAAACCGGUCGCUGUGGAUGGAGUUGUCCAGACAGAAGUGCGCUGAGCUCCAGGCCACUUACCGCUUCGCCAAGGAGGAGCUGAUCUUGGCGGAUGCCUUGGACUUCAAUGCAGUGCUUGACAUGAUGGCCAGCUGCAGCGCGCAAAUCCCCCACUUCAAGCACGGAAGCUCCGACCGGGAGCUUGAGGAGGUGGCUGGAUGGCACAGUCCGACGAACUGUCGCUCCGUGACGCGCCGCGACUUUGCCAAACACCACUAUGUGAAGUGUUUGCUUGGAUACCAGAACUCAGCAGCCGACAUGGCCUAUCUCAAUCAACGUGCAUGUCUUCUGGAGGGAAAUCGCAUCGGCCACUUCUCUGAGUGCCCGUAUGUGCCUGAUGUUGAUUUCUAG